AUCUAUUAUCACUAACGUCAGAAAUGACGAAGUCAAAUAAACAUCUGUGAAUUUUGUAAAUAUUAUCAUAUAAAUUUACUGCGUAGUUUCGUGCUAAUAUUGUAAUUAUAACGUAAAUCAUUUUCAAUUCCAACUGUUACUCUUUGUAUUUGGAAUGUUAACACGGCAACAAUUGAGGCUUUUCUCGACGGACGCGUUGAGAGUGAUUCACGAUGUUGCUAAGCAACAGUUUGUUGUAUCAUUGGCCGGCGAAGAUGCUGUGUUAGGUUAUAAUCGCAGUGGAAGAGAAAUAACCCUUAUACACACUGACGUCCCACCAUCAUUUCAAGGAAAAGGUGUGGGGAAAAUCUUGGCUAAGCAUGCGUUUGAUCAUGCAAAAGAUAACAAACUAGAUGUGACUUGCCAAUGUCACUUUUUAGCAAAAUAUUAUUCAACAAAUCAAGACAAGUAUAAAAAUGUCAAAGUUAAAUUAGAGUUGGAGGAUGAAGAGAAUAAUUAACUAAUCAAAAAUGGAUGUGGCUUGGCUUAGGUGUAAUAUACAUUAUUAUUUACGGGAAAAAUGCUACGGUAGUUCUAGGAAAAUAGCAUCUAAAGCCUCUAAACAAUAUGGUGAUGCAGCAGAGUUUUUGUUUUAUGCUGGAUUGGCUAGCAUACUGGAAGGACAAGUGCAAAAGGGAAUCAGUGAGCUAACUCCGUUACAGUCCGAAAAGGAUAUACAACUAGCUGUUGUAAUUGCUUUAAUAUAUGGAUACAAACUCAGUAGUCCCACUGAGAGAGAAGCUCUGUAUAGCUUAGAGUCUAAACUGAAGGAGGAGAAAAAGCAAGCUACUGCACUGUCUUUCUUCUAUGCUGGUUUGUUCUUGUCAUUAGCAGAGAAAUAUGAGAAAGCAUCUGACUAUAUAAACAAGUCACUAAGAAAGGACCCAAAUAAUUUAGAAGUCAUUAUCUUAAAGGGUUGGAAUGACAUGUAUAUGAAUUUAGGAGAUAUGCAAAUGUCUAUUCUAGAUUGUCUUGAGUUGGCCCUUAGUAAAAGUGACAGAAAUGUUGAUGCUUUACUUGGCUUGGCGAAAUUCAAAUAUUUUGCAAAAGAUUAUGAAGCUUCUAAUCUUACACUGGAUAGACUGAUUGUUAAUAACCCAGGACAAGUUGUACCACUCAUAGAAAAAAUGAAAAAUGAAUUUGCAUUACAAAAAUGGGAAGCAGUUUAUGAUACAAUGGAAAGGAUAUUUCUCUUGGAACCUGAGAAUGUAGAAGCUCUUAAGAUCAAGAUAUUCAUUGCUCUCUGUAAAAAUGCAGAUUACAUAGAGGCUGCCGAUCAAUUGAAUAAGUUCUUUGGUGUGUUGGAAAAUGAGGAAACUCAUAAUGGAUUUCAAUUCUAUAAUACAACACAAAUAUAUUCUAGAGUCUGUGGCAGGUCCAGUGCUGUACUAUCUCAGGUUUACAGAUUUUCGCAAUAUGCAUCUGAAAUGAAUCCAGGGAAUGUAGAUUAUUUGAGUGAGGUUGGAUAUCAAUGCAUCCUUCAAGGAAAGUACAAGGAUGCCCUCAGUUUCUUCAAGGCAGCUAGUAAACUGGAUAGCAACUCCAUCACUGCACUUUGUGGGCUAACACUGUGCCAGAUGUAUGAGAAUGGUCCAACUGAACAAAUUGCACAACAAAUAGAGUUAUUAUUUGAAAUGCAGGGAUCAACUAAACUACCUGUGCUUUAUCACCUUUCAGCACAAUUGAAUCUCAAGAAUUCUUCUAGUGCAAUAUCGUUUCUGAAUAACGCCUAUGAAACCAAGAUAGCCUAUGCCAGUCGCAAUCCGUUUAGCUUAACGUACGUUAAAGAUUUAGAUCCUGAUUUUCUCUUAGAAGUCUAUAAAGAGUUCAAGAAACAUUUACCUAAAAAGCCGUUUAUCAUAGUUGGAUAUUUGAUGUACUCUCAAGAAGUGAAGAAUGCAGUUGUCAAUAACUGCCUGAAGUUGUUGAAUGCAAUAUGCGAUGCUUGUCCUGGUUUAAUAACUGCGUUGUACGAGUUGGCGAAAUUGAAGUUUCUCUUUGGUUUUGCUAGUGACGCUCAGAAAUUAGCUCAGCAGGUUCAUGAAUUGGACAGCACGCAUGCAGGCAGCCAGGUUCUGCUAGCACAGAUAUACGUACAGCAGCAGGCAUUUACAAAGUCCGCGCAAAGCCUUGAGAUGUGUCUGAGCUAUAAUUUCAAAGUCAGAGACAGUGCAAUGUACCACUUUCUUAAUGGGAUAAUAUUAAAAAGUAUUGGCCAGCAUCAAGAAGCCCUGUCGAGUUUCUUGACGAGCUUGCAGAUUGCUACGAGCAAGAGCAAUGUUAGCAACGUCAACAGGGGAUAUGAAUCAGAUCUGAAUAUUAUAGAUAAAGCUACUUUAUAUUUACAAAUAAUUGAAAUUCAAACUGCGCUAGAACAGUUUGCGGAAGCCGGGAAAACAAUGCAGGAAGCAAUACAAGAAUUUUCGUACACGACUGAGGAAAGUCGCCUUUUGAUCGCAAGGGCAGAUUUAGCCCUCAAGAAAGGUGAUUUCGACAAUGCAAUAGAUCUCCUUAACGAGAUCAAACCAGGCCAGCCUUACUAUUUCCAAGCGCAUAGCAAAAUGGCCCACAUAUAUUUGAAAGAGAAGAAUGAUCGAGCGAUGUUUACCUCUUGUUUCAAAGAGAUUGUGAGUAACCAUCCGAUGGCUGAUGCUCAUACGAUGAUGGGCGAUGCUUUUAUGUCUAUCCAUGAUCCAGCUCAAGCCGCGGAUGCCUAUGAAGCAGCUUUAAAAGGAAGUCCUAAAGACGUCCAAUUGGUCAAAAAACUGGGCGUGGCUCUGAUUAAAAUGCACGAAUACGAUAAAGCUUGCCAACAUUACGAGAAUGCUAUCAGAUUGUUGGGAGAUGACGAAGUGCAGUUUGAGUAUUACGAGCUAUUAAUUAGGCUCAAACAAUACGACAAAGUGGAAUCAUCUAUCUCGUCCGAAUUAAACCAGAUGUUCAACAGGGACAAAGAUAUCAGUACCCUCAAGCGUCGCGUACGAUUCCUACUAAUGCAAGCGAAGAGCCGGGAACUGAAAAACCCAACUUCUGCUAACGUUCACUUAAUACUAGCAGAAGCCAAAGACCUUCAGACUGCUGUUGUUAAGAGAAUAGAGAUAGACAUGAGAGGAGACUUACAAGAGGAAAAACAGCAAUUGUCUAAUAUUUUAUGUGCUUUAGCUAAAGCGAAGUCUUUGAAAGAACCGGCAGUAGCGGCUAAUUUGUACUCGGAAGCAUUGGUGCAUUCACCAAGGGAUCCUAAUACAUUAUUGUUAUUAGCUAAGCUCUACGCUCACAUGAACAACCCAGAGAAAUGUGAACAAACCUGCGCAAUUCUAUUGAACACCGAUCCCAACAACGAGUCUGCUGCAGUUAUGAUGGCUGACCUUGCUUUCAGAAAAGUGGACCUAGAAGCCGCACAGCGUCAUUUAAAUCAGAUACUGUCUGUGAAACCAAAGAGUUGGGAGGCACUGGCACAGCUGAUUGAAGUGCAGUGGCGGCGCGGGAAACUGUCCGAAGCAGAACAGGCUUUAGAAGCAGCUAAAGCAGCUCUAGGCGAAGAAGAAGAUCCAGGCUACUGGUACUGCUCGGGCGUGUGCCACGCGUACAGCGGGCGCGCCAACGCGGCGCUCCGCCAGCUGAACCAGUCCCGGCGCUCGGGCGCGUGGGGCACGCGCGCCGCCCGCCGCAUGGUGCGCCUGUGUCUGGCGCAUCACAGCCCGCACGACAACAGCGACGCCUUCCUCGGACCCGCUGAUGACUCGGAUACAAGACUCUUAGCUCUCAGAACAGCCGAAAAGCUUUUAGGCGAAGUAGCCCCAAUGGAUCGAAAAUCGUUGCAAGCAAUGUUGCAAUUGGCAACAAAACAAAAACCUCAAGCGGAGCGCGUACUGCAAGAUCUGUUGCCAUUCGCUACAGACGAAAGCUAUCAAGACGACCCAUAUUUGAUUCUGGCUAUAGCUAAUGCGUACAACAUAAUAAAGCAACCAACUCGAGCGAAGAACAUUUUGAAAAGGACAGUCUCAGCUAUACCUUGGACACCGGAAAAAGCUGAUGGGUUGGAAAGGUGCUGGCUAGAAGUAGCUGAUAGUCAAAUAAGUUCGGGAAGAAUGGAUGCUGCAAAGGAACUGCUCACUAAAGUUCUGAAUCAUAAUAACUCUUGCGCCACAGCAUACCAGUACUUAGGAUUUUUGGCUGAAAAAGAACAGAACUACAAAAGCGCGGCUCACAACUACAACAACGCUUGGAGUCACGGUGGUAAGAGCGAUCUCGCCGUCGGCUACAAACUGGCUCACUCAUACCUCAAGCUGAAGAAAUAUCCAGAGUGCAUCGUCGUGUGCAGGCAUGUACUUAAAGUGCACCCGGACUACCCCAAAAUAAAAAAGGAAAUAUUAGAGAAAGCCAAGUCUAAUUUGAGGACAUAGAUUUUUUUGUCUAAAAAAAGAAUUAGGACCUAACAUUUUGUCGAGAAUAUAAGCAUACAGUGUUCGUGGUUUUCAUGCAAAUGGUUAAUGUUGAUUUACGUACACAUGUCUGUGAUGUUUUAAAGCACAUUUUUUAAAUUAUAUACGUUUGUAUAUGUCUCAAAUAGGUAGUUAUUGUAAAAUAAUUUUCAAUAAAAAUGCAUUUGAACUUA